AUGCCGCCCACCGCCGCAGCCCAGCCAGAGCGUCAGUCCCUCCUCCAAGGCUCAUCGAUCCAUUCGCAGCCACAUCGCCUUUCCCACGCCCGAAUCUCCUUCCCCUCAUCAUCCUCCUCUGCCUUCGCCACCGACGCUUCCGAGGCAGAAUCGACGCUUGUUGGGUCAGAUCGGGGAUCAGGAGUCCGCAGUGGGAAGAGUCGGCUAGGAGCAGUAGGCGAGGGAGAGGUGAGGCGGAAAGAGGGGGUGCCGAAGCUCAGCAGAGAGUGUUUAUGGAGCGAAAUCAAGUGUUAUGGCUCCUACAUCCUGCCUGUGUUCCUGGUCUUCGGGGUACUGGUCAUCGGCGUCAGCUUGACCGUAGUCGGCAUCAAGCUGGGAUGGUUCAAGUGA